GGCGAACUCUCGCGAGAUUUUCUGACGUCACGGGAGAAUGGCUGGAGAUCGCGGAUAUUAGAAGACAAAUCAUCGAUCUAAAGACAGUUAAAGAGAAGAGGAAACACUACUGAGACGUUGUUGUUGGAUUUUCCCCAGCUGCAGAGAUGUCUCAUGCCAACAGUCAUGGGAAGCUGCUCCUGCAGCGCUUACAUCAGCAGCGGGAGAUGGACUUUCUGUGUGAUAUCACCAUCAUGGUUAAAGACGUGGAGUUCAGAGCCCAUCGCAACAUCCUGGCAGCGUUCAGCAAAUACUUCUCCUCCAGAGCAGAGAAGGGGCAGGAGAUCACAACUCUGGACCCUGAGAAGGUCAGCCGCUAUGCUCUAGAGAAGCUUCUGGAGUUUGUCUACACUGGACACAUGAACCUCAGCAGUACACGACAAGCAGCUGUGCGUCGAGCUGCCUUGUUCCUGGGAAUGUCUGAAGCCACAAAGUAUCUGGAGGAAACCACUCAUUGGUCCGAACCUGGUGAGACGUCACAAUCAGAGGCAGAUAAAGGAGCCGGUCUCUCUCCUCCAAGUCCAGCCUCUCCCGGCAGCCCCAGCUCACCCCUUCCUCUGUCUAUCAUCUCAGUGACAGGAGGUAGUGAUUGGCAGGAGGGAGAGGAGGGACAACACAAGGAAGAUGAAGGUGCAGAUUUCUACAGGGAGGAGGGAGACAGAAGUGAUGAAGAGUACAGCCCCACCACACCCAGGAGUCUGGGGAGAGGAACAGGCAGGAAGAGAGGCAGGAGGCCAAAGAGUUUUAGUGGAGAGACGGGUGAGGCAAGCAGCUCAGCUGAUGGAGCACCAAAGACACUUGGAUACAGAGGGAGGGGGAGACCCAGAGGUAGACCCAGAGGGAGGGGCAGGGGGAGAGGAGAUGGAGGAGGAGAUGAAAAUAAAUCAGAGGAAAUCGUCCAGGAAGAUUCUGACACCAGUGUGAAGGACUUUGGAGACAACUCAGCAGACUGGAGCCCCUCCCAGGACAAUGAAGACGACGAGGACAAUCCAGCGAAGAAAGCUCGACUGAGUAGCGGUAUAGCGCGGAGAGGACGAGGCCGAGGGAAGGGGCGGGGCAGGGGGAGAGGCAGGGGUCGACGCAGGAGCAGGGUCGAGGAAGACGACGAGGACAGCAACGGUCCAGGAUUUGAUAAUGAUGGACUGGAGGAAGGUGAGAUCCCAGAGCACGAUCGGUCAGAAAUGGAUGAGUUGUCGCUGUCAUGCACCGAGUGUAACAAACUGUUUCAAGACGCCAGCAGCCUGCGCCGACAUCAGAAAAUCCACAGAGGGCUGAAGCCGUUUGUCUGCAUCUUCUGCUCCAAAACCUUCAGACAAGCUACGCAACUGAAGACACACCUGCGCAUACACACAGGUGAGAAGCCGUUCAACUGCACUGACUGUGAAAAGUGUUUUGCUCAGAAGUGUCAGCUGGUCGCUCAUCGUAGGAUGCACCACGGAGAGGAGAAACCGUACACCUGUGAGCGCUGCGGCUUCAAGUUUGCUACCUCUUCCAACUACAAAAUACACAUCAGACUUCACAGUGGGGAGAAACCGUACGUCUGUGAUGUCUGUGGUCAGGCGUUCGCUCAGUCCAGCACUCUGACUUACCACAAACGACGACACACAGGAGAGAAACCGUACCAGUGUGAUCUGUGCGGCAUGUCCUUCUCCGUCUCUUCUUCUCUCAUAGCUCAUGCACGAAAACACACAGGUGAGACUCCAUAUAAAUGUUCAGUGACAUCCUGUGAUGCAAGUUUUGUGACUUCUUCAGAGCUGAAAAAACACGUGAGGAGACUUCAUCCAGACGGGAACAACGGCGUGCAAUGUCUGCUGUGUGGAAACAGAUUUGCCAGUGUGAAGAACAUGAUCAAACAUCAGGAGAAAGCUCAUGCUGACGAGGUUCGGCAACACAAGGAGAGAGCCCGAGCAGUCGUCCUCCUGGCGUCCAGUCAUCCUGUGGCCUUUGUCCAGAGCAAACUCUCCCAAGACAACAAAGGUUUGGUUUCCAUCCCUGAAACCGAGCCCCCCAACCCCGAACCAGCCACCCCCAACCCCAAAGCCACGGCUCCGUCCGUAGCUGCCUCCUCUGUCAAUGCCACCACGACCCAAACCAUCAUCCAGAACUUGAAGGCAGAGCCAGCUCAUGAGCCAAUCACUACCACCAACCAGGUGACCUUCGAGCCUGACCAGGAGCAGACCAUCAAUUCGGACACCCUCCACGCGCUGGUAGAGCAGCUGCGGCCGCCGGCAUCCCCCGCACAGAGCUUGGAGCAGAUCGUCAUCAUCAGGACGGUGGACGAUGACGACAUCAACAACCAGGCUCAGCAGUGAGAGUCAAACAGCAGGAUGUCGCUCUGCUGUAGUGUACAGUCAGCCACACUCAUCCCUUCAACAAAGACUCACUAAAGGAACGUCUGCUUUGUUACAGCUUCGGUCUAAAUUUCAUAAUUUCCUUCAUCGGUCAUUAAAACAUCAACACGUUUAAGAUCUUUAAACUUUGAUGUGAUGAUAGUGAAAAUCAAAAUAUGAUUUGAUAUUAUGGCAACAAAAACAGAAGUCCUAGACACCAGAGACUGGCCGUUUUCUUGUUUUAGUUCACGAAAAUUGCCGGUAAACUUUUUCACUUUGUCUGAAUUGCACAAAUACAAACAUUGCUGAUAUAUUUGUGCAGAAAAGGUGGUCAAAGAUAAACAUUUGAGAAAACAGUAAUAUAAUGUUUAGUACAAAAAGUUCUAAAUUUCAUGGGAACGUUCCUUUCCAAUGUCCCCAUAAAUUCCCUCAAAUCACCUAAAAUUUAUGUGGAAUUCUUACACAUUGUUUAAACAAUAUUUUUAAAGUAUUCAAUAUAAUUUACCCUGAAAUUUCUUUAAAUAUUCCCCAGAUGUUACAGUGACACUUGAUCAUAAAGCCUAUAUAAGGCCUAUAUGAUUAAAAAAUGAAAUUCCUGAAAAUUUUUAAGCAAAUACCAGAAAAUUCUGAUCAGUCAGUCCAACAUUCACACUGUUUAAUAGUUUGUAAAGGUAGACCUAGCCUCUUUAGCAUUAUAAGAUAAGAUCUAUUUAUCAUCAUUGUUCCCCUAUUUGGUGUUUGACGUGAUGGUGGCUUGAUUCAAGUAAACGUCACCCUGUUAAAGCAAACCAGUGUCUCUCACAGUGUAAUAUAUUUUGAAAGCAGCUGUUUUAGCACAAGAUAGUGGCAACAAGUUUGAUACCUGCAUUAAUUACAGUGUUUCUGUCAACAUGAAAGUAGCUGUUUUUUAAGUAUAAAUGUAUUUUUUGCUUUUUAAUUUUGGAUAAACCUCCACAUUGCUUGUACAGAAUUGUGAAUCAUGUACAAGGUCACUACUGUAUAAAAAAACUGAAGAAUAAAAAUGAAGACAAAAAAGGGGAAAUAAGAUGUGUGUUUGUCUAAUUUAC